UCAGUUUCCCUAUAUACGCGCUAAUAUUCAGCCACGUGCUAACACGCCCUCAGGCCCUUUUUGCCUAUUUCUUUCUUCUCUCUUUCAGUCUCAAUCUCAGGUAACGACGGUCCCAUUCUUCAGACUCUCCGACUCCGUCAGCUGCAUGCUCGCUCACUGAGUAAUUUGAAGGUUGCUUUUAAAUCCACAAAAGAAUGCCGCCCAAUCCAAGAGUUAAGAAGGCAUAUGACGCUAUGAAAAGUAUUGGCAUCUCUAACGGAAAGGUGAAGCCAGUCUUGAAGAGCCUUCUAAAACUAUAUGACAAAAAUUGGGAGCUUAUCGAAGAGGAGAAUUAUAGAGCACUUGCAGAUGCUAUAUUUGAGAAGGAGGAAGCAGAGGCAGCAGAACAGAAGAAGUCUGAGAAUACUGAAGUAAGCCAGCCGCUUGUGCGGCGAGAGGAAGUUUUAGAGGAAGAAGCAGGGCAUGAGGAGCCUGAAAGACCACUAAAGAGAUUGCGCUUAAGAUAUCAAGAAGGUCAAGCUUCACCUUCCGCUAACAAUUCCAGUGGUGGGACUUCUCUUAAAAGGCCCCAACGGGAGGAAACUCAAACACCUCAAAUCAUGUCCAGGGGGGAUAGGUUGGUUGCUGCUAGAGCUUCCCAUGCAUCAAAACUCAAAGAGCCAAAGACAGAACCCAGUGGUGAACUGUCCCCUAAACAGAAGAUGUUGGGAUCCCUUGCUUUGAUCAAGCCCAAGGAUGAACCAUAUACUGAUGAUAUGCCACAGUUUGAGGUUCCUAUUGUUGUUAUUCACCCAGAACCAUCAAACAAGGAAGAUACUUCAAGUGGUAACGCCUCAAGGAGACGUCCAGAAACUUCUGAACCCUUAGCGAUAGAACUGAGAGGCGGAGAAGAUGCAGGUAAGGAAAUCGCGACUUCAUCAAAUGGAGUGGCCACCCAACGUGAGCUGGUAGAAGUCCAGGAUAGGUGUACUGACGUAGAUAUUGCCUCCUCACCAUUUGGAGAGGUGAAAGUCUCUAUAAACUGUGACCCAGCUCUUUGUAGAUCAGACUUCCAUAUGCCGAAUCUAGAAUCUGUUCUGAAAAUGGUGGAGUCUAAAUGUCUUAAAUCAUACAAAAUCCUGGACCCUAACUUUUCUGUGAUGAAGCUGAUGAAAGACAUGUGUGAGUGUUUUUUGGAACUGGGAACUCAGCACAGUCAUGAAUUGCAAGCAACCACAGAUGUUGCUGCAGAAAAUGAUUUUGGCUCGAGAAGCAUGACUGUUAAUUCCUCAAAUGGAUCUAUGAAUUUUGAAAUUGACGCUGGGGAUGCUGAACCAGAGAUACCCCGAUUCUCUCCUCCUCCUAUUAGUGAAGACAGCACUGAAGCUGGUCAUAUAGCAUCAAUGGACAACUGUGGUAGUAUUCCAGAAACUGAUCAGAAUGGUCUUGUGCAGACUAAUUCACGGAGUACGGAGGCUCCAUGUGAAUCAACUCCAGGUGAAAUAGGCUAUGUUGAUUCCUUAAGUGGGUUCCAGAAUUCUGAUCUUGGUGCUAGGGAAGCUGAACCAGAGAUGCCCUAUCUUGCUCCUUAUAUUGGUGAAGACAGCAAUGAAGCUGAUCAUGCAGCAUCAAUGGCCAACUGUAGUAUUGCUCCAGAGACCGAUCAGAAUGGUCUUGAAGGAACUAAUCCACUUGAGGUGGUUCCAUGUGAAUCGGCUCCGCGUGAUGUAGGGUCUGUUGAUGUUAUUGAUAUAACCAAGGGGCAAGAAAAUGUUAUAAUUUCUUUGGUGAAUGAAGUUAAUAGCAAGCGUCCACCAUCAUUUCACUACAUAGCUUACAAUGUGGUUUUCCAGAAUGCAUAUGUUAACUUUUCUCUGGCUCGUAUUGGAGAUGAUAAUAGCUGUUCAACUUGCUCUGGUGAUUGUUUAUCAUUAUCCACACCUUGUGCUUGUGCACACGUAACCGGUGGUGAUUUUGCGUACACAAAGGAAGGACUUGUUAAAGAAGAGUUUCUUAAAGAAUGUAUUUCCAUGAAUCGUGACCCCAAGAAACACUGCCACUUCUUUUGCAAAGAGUGCCCAUUGGAAAGAUCAAAAAAUGAGGACAUUAUAGAAGCUUGUAAAGGUCAUUUGAUGAGGAACUUCAUCAAAGAGUGUUGGUGGAAAUGUGGCUGUAAUAAACAAUGUGGCAACCGUGUAGUACAGCGAGGUAUAAGCCAUAAGUUACAGGUCUUCAUGACUUCUGAAGGGAAAGGAUGGGGCUUGCGUACCCUAGAAGACCUUCCUCUAGGUGCUUUUGUCUGCGAAUAUGUUGGAGAAAUUCUGACCAACUCCGAACUCUUUGAUCGUGUUUCACAGAGCCCCAACGGGGAGGAACAUUCUUAUCCAGUCCUGCUGGAUGCUGACUGGGGUUCAGAGGGUGUCUUAAAGGAUGAGGAAGCUCUUUGUUUGGAUGCUACAUUCUAUGGGAAUGUUGCCAGGUUCAUCAAUCACAGAUGCUUCGAUUCAAAUUUGGUUGAAAUUCCAGUUGAAAUAGAGACCCCUGAUCACCGCUACUAUCAUCUUGCGUUUUUCACUACAAGAAAGAUUAAAGCGAUGGAGGAGCUCACAUGGGAUUAUGGUAUUGAUUUUGAUGACCUUGAACAUCCAGUAAAAGCAUUUAGCUGCCAUUGCGGUAGCAACUUCUGCCGAAAUAUGAAACGUCCAAGCAGAUCCAGAUCAAGAAGGCUGGCCUGAGAUGGUGAUCUUCUCCCAGAAAUUUUUGGUAAUUUUCUGGUCUUGGGUUGUCCGAGAAACUGUUACGAUCGAACUCGGUCAAAGUGAUGUUUUUGUAUCUGGUUAGGGUUGUAGUGCAGAUUUUGCAGUGUAUGUACAAUAUGCAAUACAAAGCAUGUUAAUAGUUAAUGUUUAAAGCAUACUAUUAAGGCGCUAUUUUGUGUAGAAGUUUCAAGGAUGCGGCUUACAGCUAGAUCAGCUGCAUGCAUGUUGGUUGUAUAUAAUGAUAUUUUGGUCCGUGGGACUACAUGCUGGAUUAGCUGGCCUUUGUCCAUGCGCAGACAUGCUAUAGCAUGUUGCAGACUAGACCAUUUCUUGAAUCUUAUCUUUUUGUACCUUUCUUUCACUUGUGCGUUCUC